AAACACGGCUGCGAAACUCGCCUCGACGAUGGUCUGGUGGAACUCGUUCACAACGUCAACAGUGCCAUGUCGUCGUCGUCGUCGUCGUCGUCUGCUGUGCCCGUGUCGUCAGCGGCGGGCGGCGCCGCUGGCUUGACGCCCGCCACGCAGCCGCGCAUCAGCCGCUGGGUGGGCGCUUUUCUUCGAGCAGUCCUCAUGCCCCUCAUCGUCUUUGGCAUUCCCGCCUGGCCGGUCCUCGGUGUCCUAUGCGCUGUGCCCGUCAUCGGCAUCGUCACCAUCCCCCUGUUCCUGCUCCUCACCGUCCUGCUCCUCUACGCCAUCGCCUGGUUCUCCUACCUCGUCCUGGCCCAGGCCGACCCGCCGUCGUCGUCGCAGUCGGGCUACCUCGGCGGCUACCUGCCCUUCCUGCCCUUCUCGCCCGUCCGAUGCCUCAAGAUCAACUGGGCCACGCUCCUCUAUGCCACGGCGGCUGCAAAGGUGGCCUUGCCUGCCGUGUUUGACUGGUGCUACCGCCGAGUCAUGGUCCUCGGCACUCAGGGCGGCGGCGGCAUCGUGCGCGAGAAUAUCCUCUACGGCUCCCCCUACCCAAACCGGCGCCUCGACGUCUACGUGCCUCCGCUGCGUGACUCGGGCCUGCCCACCUCGUCGUCGUCCACAGCUUCGCUGCACAACCUGUCCAAGUCGAGGCAUCGCAAGCACUCGACGCUCUUUGCAGAGCCCUCGUCUUCGGACUUUGUCCACGCCCUCGACGCCGACCCGAGCCUGGGCGUUGGUGGUGGCAGAGGGACACGCAGUGCGCCAGGAGCGCCUGCGCUGCCCAAGGCGCCCGUGAUUGUCUUUGUGCCCAGUCCGAUCCCGCCGCUGGGCUGGACCAAGAAGAGGAAAACGUAUCUGCAGCUGGCGCUUCGGCUGAGGCGCCAGGGCUACUGUGUCUUUGUACCCGACAUUACGUGGUACCCAGAGGCAAGGGUCAAGGCCUCGGUCAUCGACCUGCGCCUCGUCCUGCGCUGGGUGGCCGACAACUGCGCGCGGUACGGCGGCGACGUCAACCGGAUCCACGUCAUGGGCCACGGCAUGUCUGCCCAUCUCAUCAUGCUCACCCUCACCCAGGAGGCCGUCGUCCUCAGCCGCGAGGGCCAUCUGGAGCGCGAGUACGAGCGCCAGGAGGAGUCACUCAAUGCGACCAUGAUGCAGCAGCAGCCGCAGCAACCAUCUCACUACUACCGACACCAGCAUCAGUACUCCAACAGCGGCGGCGACCCUACCGAGACGGGCAACAAGGAGCGCGGCGAGGCCGAGCUGGCGACGGGUGAGCAGGCUGCUCAGCAGCGCAGGCGCCUGGCCGCGUCCGCUGCCGCGAGGAGCAUGGCCAAGCCGACGGUCGAUGAGUCCGUCGAUGACAACGCCUGGGUCGAUGAGGCUGUAGACGAGGCGUCAGUAGGCGAUCUGCCGCCGGGCGCUGUCAUGAGCGGCGUCUCGAACCCCGAGGCCAGGCUGGCCAGCCAGCUCGGCCACGAGGGCCCAGUCCCCUUUCCAACAGCAGCCACGGCAGCAGCAGGAGCAGCAUCGCAGCCCUCCUCAGGCGACGGGCGACACCCCAAUGGCACAUCUAGCAACGCCGCCGCCGCCGCCGCUGCCCGGCUCGGCCAAGCAGGCCCCUCGACGGCCAUCUCCAAUGGCCUCCGACGCGUCGAGAUCUACGAGGCUCACGUGGAGCUGCCGCCCAUCGCCGGUGUCAUCCUCCUUGCUGGCGUGUUUGAUGUCAUCAAGUGCUUCCGCGGCGAGUCUGACCGCGGCGUCGAGCACCUCUCGUCGCUCCGGCGCAGCUGCGGGCCCAGCCACACAAGCUGCCUGCUCCACUCGCCAGCGCACCUCCUGUAUGCGGCCAAGAACCUGCUCGACACGUCGCUCCUCCCGCCCAAGUUCCUCCUCAUCCACGGCGGCAAGGACGCCGUCGUCGACAUUUCCCAGUCGACGCUCCUCAAAACGCUCCUCUCGGGCGUCGGCGUCGAGCAGGUCAAGCUGCGCGCCUACCGCGAGCUCGGCCACGCAGAGGCCGUCGCCAGCCUCUUUGUGGGCAUGGGCAAGGCUAGCACCCGCUAUUCGCGCCAGAUCAUGACCGACAUCUCCGACUUUGUCACCCUGUAGCAGACGCAGGAGCUCUCAGUCUGCCCUUGCCCCCUGGGUCCGGGUCCUCUCUUUUUCUUUCUUUCUCUUUUCGAUACACUGUCACAUUCUGGAGCUAGUCAAUAUGGGCUUUAAUAGGGAUCGUUCAUCAUA